GAGUCGCUCCCCAGUCAUGGGCUUCUCCGCCCUAGUCGCCAGCGCCCUGUGCACCUUCCUGCUGCCCCUGCUACUCUUUCUGGCUGCCGUCAAGCUCUGGGACCUGUAUUGCGUGAGCAGCCGCGACCCCAGCUGCCCGCUCCCGCUGCCCCCGGGCACCAUGGGGCUCCCCUUCUUCGGGGAGACGCUGCAGCUGGUGCUGCAGAGGCGGAAAUUCCUGCAGAUGAAACGCAGGAAAUACGGCUUCAUCUACAAGACUCACCUCUUUGGGCGGCCCACGGUACGGGUGAUGGGCGCCGAGAACGUGCGGCACAUCCUGCUGGGCGAGCACCGGCUCGUCUCCGUGCAGUGGCCCGCCUCGGUGCGGACCAUCCUGGGCUCGGGCUGCCUCUCCAACCUCCACAACGGGCAGCACAAGCACCGCAAAAAGGUGAUCAUGCGCGCCUUCUCCCGGGACGCCCUGCAGCACUACGUGCCCGUCAUCCAAGAGGAGGUGAGCGCCUGCCUGGCGCGGUGGCUGGGCGCCGCCGGGCCCUGCCUGCUCGUGUACCCCGAGGUGAAGCGCCUCAUGUUUCGCAUUGCCAUGAGAAUCCUGCUGGGCUUCCAGCCCCGCCAGGCCAGCCCCGACGGCGAGCAGCAGCUGGUCGAGGCCUUCGAGGAGAUGAUCCGCAACCUCUUCUCCCUGCCCAUCGAUGUGCCGUUCAGUGGGCUCUACCGGGGCUUGCGGGCACGCAACAUCAUCCAUGCCAAGAUCGAGGAGAACAUCCGUGCCAAGAUGGCCCGCAAGGAGCCCGAGGGUGGCUACAAGGAUGCGCUGCAGCUGCUGAUGGAACACACCCAGGGUAACGGCGAGCAGCUCAACAUGCAGGAGCUGAAGGAGUCUGCCACAGAGCUGCUGUUCGGGGGCCAUGAAACCACUGCUAGUGCUGCCACGUCACUGAUUGCCUUCCUAGGGCUCCACCAUGAAGUCCUGCAGAAAGUGAGGAAAGAGCUGCAGGUCAAGGGGUUACUGUGCAGUUCCAACCAAGAGAAGCAGCUGGACAUGGAGGUCUUGGAGCAGCUGAAGUACACAGGCUGUGUCAUCAAAGAGACCCUCAGGUUGAGCCCGCCUGUUCCGGGAGGAUUUCGGAUUGCACUCAAGACCCUUGAGCUAAAUGGUUACCAAAUCCCUAAAGGUUGGAAUGUUAUUUACAGUAUCUGUGAUACACAUGAUGUGGCAGAUCUCUUUACCAACAAGGAAGAAUUUAACCCAGAUCGCUUCAUGUCUCCAUCUCCAGAGGACUCCUCUAGGUUCAGUUUCAUUCCUUUUGGUGGGGGCUUGAGGAGCUGCGUGGGCAAAGAGUUUGCAAAAGUCCUUCUAAAAAUAUUUACAGUGGAGUUGGCUCGGAGCUGUGACUGGCAGCUGCUGAAUGGACCUCCUACAAUGAAAACGGGCCCCAUAGUGUACCCUGUGGACAAUCUGCCUACCAAAUUCAUAGGUUUCAGCGGCCAAAUCUGAGAGCUCAACACUCACCUCCAAAUGG